GGGGGAGCGGGGCCAGGCGGCGGCGGCGGCCAUGGCCAUGGUGGCGGGGGCGGAGGGAUGCGAGCAGGGAUGCGAGCAGGGAUGCGAGCAGGGAUGCGAGCACUACCGGCGGGGCUGCCGGCUGCGGGCGCCGUGCUGCGGGAAGCUGUACCCGUGCCGGCUGUGCCACGACGGCGCCGAGGAGCACCAGCUGGACCGGUUCCGGGUGUCCGAGGUGCAGUGCGUCCGCUGCCGCCUCCUGCAGAAGGCCCAGCAGCGCUGUGAGGGCUGUGACAGCCUCUUUGGCGAGUACUACUGCGACAUCUGCCACCUGUUUGACCGUGACAAGAAGCAGUACCACUGCGAGGAGUGCGGCAUCUGCAGGAUUGGCCCCAAGGAGGAUUUCUUCCACUGCUCCAAGUGCAAUUUGUGCCUGAGCCUGAGUCUCCGAGGAAAGCACAAGUGUAUUGAAAAUGUCUCCAGGCAGGACUGUCCGAUAUGUUUGGAGGAUAUUCACACGUCUCGUGUUGGAGCCCAUGUUCUGCCGUGUGGUCACCUUCUUCACAGAACAUGUUAUGAUGAAAUGCUGAAGGAAGGCUACAGGUGUCCUUUGUGCAUGCACUCGGCGUUGGACAUGACCAGGUACUGGCGCCAGCUGGACAACGAAGUGGCGCAGACUCCCAUGCCCGCGGAGUACCAGAACAUGAUGGUGGAGAUCCUCUGCAACGACUGCAACGCCCGCUCCACGGUGCAGUUCCACCUCCUGGGCAUGAAGUGCCAGAACUGCGAGUCGUACAACACGGCCCAGGACGGGCGCUGCCGGCUGUCCUUGGAGGAGCAGUGACCGGGAUGCGCGCGGCGUUCGGCCGGACGGGGAACGCUCUGCCAUGGGAGAGACUGUUUUACAAACAAAGCAACUCUUGUCAGUAAAAAUUCCAGUAUUCCAAGUUCAAGGAGUCCUUCACUGCGCCAGGGAGGAGGGAGCUUAGAAGAGCAGCACGAGGAGAUGGGAUGAGCAGCUGAUGCAGCAGCAGGAGGAGUUUUGGGGCAGCUGAAGGGGAAAGGAGGUGGAGGUGCAGCUCUCGGGGAAAACGGGUCGCUUUGAGAGGCCUUUUCCGCAGGGUUGUGUGCGAGGAUGCGGCUUUCCCUGGGAACAGCGUGUGUGUGCCGGGGCCCCGGAGCCAGCGCUGCGGGCACUGCCCAGGGGCAGCGGGCAGGAGCGGCAUCCUUGGCUCCCUUCGUGUGGUGUCACCUGUGUGUACAGAAUUCCCUUGAAACAAGGGAAUUGCUCUGGCUGCUGGGAUGAGCAGCGGGAAGAUGCAGCUGCAAAGCCCCCCUUUUUCCCCUGGACACCCACCCUGACUUGCUGCCGUCCCUUCACUCAGAUUCCUUUGCCAGCUGCAGUCGCUUUUUUCCCCAUUUCUUUCUCGUUUUGCUUUGUUCACUGGCAAAGGCACAGGUGGUGCAGGGUUUUAGACACAUCCGUAGCCUGAUUUUGCUGGUUGAGUACCUGAAGUGGAGCACAUACAUCAGGCUGAGUCUAAGGUGUUCACUGAAAUAAGAGCAGUCCAGAGGCACUCCAGUAGUGCAGGGACCAAUUUUCUGUGGUUUUGGUGUUUGUUAAUGGUAAAACCUCCCUGGGGAGAGAAAAUGGGAGGGUGAACGACUGCCUUCUUAAAUAAAAACCCCAACCCCACCCUUCUUUGUGUAAUAUCCUGCCCGAGGUGUUUUGCAGUCUUAAAUUUUGCAGAAAAUUCCUGAUUUCUCUGAAUUUCACAUGCAGAUACUUUACAGUAAUAAGAUAUAAAAAAAUGUCAGUUACUCUUCAGGUGACGACUACUCAUUUUUGAUUUGUUCUAUUGUAAAAUGAGCUUUUCUUAAUCCAACAGUGCCCCAUUCUGUAUGGAAUAUUUAGGCUUUGGAUGAUAGCUAUUGUAGCUUGCCUUGACGGGGCUAUCUUUUUCUGGAGCACUUUUCUCACUGCUAUAAAUAAAUGGAAAAUAACGUCUCUAUUAAAAUAAACGAAUGACACUGUG